CUUAAGUUCACUAUUAUACAACGAGAAAGAAGAUCAAGAUUCAAGAAGAUGGCCACAACCAUGAAAUUCGUGUCUUUCGCUUUGCUACUUGUUCUCCUUUUCUCCAUUGAUGUUGAAGGGUCGAUUUCAACGGAGAGUGGUUCGUUGUGCUGCAAUUCACAUCCAAAAUUCGGCAAAUGCAAUACAUCUCAAGAUGAGGACAGAUGCAACACUUGGUGUCUUAAUGGUUGCGAUAAUGGCAAAGGUGGUCAAUGCAAACCUCUUCCUCAUGGAGGACAAUGCCAUUGUUUCUGUUAAGGAUCCCUCUAAGUUAAUCUUUCCAUCUAUUUGCAUGCAAUCACCAUUUCAUUUUU